AUGACCGACGAUGAGGAGAGAGCUUUCAGCCGUUUAUAUCCGACAGUCAGACAGGAGCUCUGUGAACGCCCAGGGGUUUACUUGUUUCAAGAAGGAUCCAACAUUGUCAUCGAGUUGGAAGAGAACAUCACGAUACCGCAGCAAGUGUUCAUCAGAAUCGUUGCCGAAUACAAGAGAUUGAAGACACGUCGCAACGGGAACCGUCAUCCGACGUCCUCAGCUUCUCGAUUCUCCACGGCUAAUUCACAAAAUGACGCUACAUGA